UGAGCAGAAAUUGAAAUAUCUUGGUGAACUGACGAUAUAAAGUUACUUACUCUUGGCCACUAGCUUGGUCAUAACCGUUUGCGUUUCCUGCGUUUAUGCACGGGAGAAUCUUGGAAAGAAGCAAAAAGUUGACAAACCAGUCUUCAGUGGUUGCAGGUAAAAAUUCAAGUAUGGAAUUAAAGUAACAAAUUUCUAUAUAUUCCAGUGACGAUUAAAUAUUUCAUACUUUAAGUUUACGAACCUAUAUUUUGUAGAAUGAAUUGCAUUGGAUAUUUGCUGUUGAUACUUCAGGCGUUUGCCAUUGCAGAGCGUAAGUAAAUUUAGGGCUAAACAGACGGCUAUAUAGGUAACUGGAUUUUCCGUUUAAUUGUGAGACAGAUAAUUACGUUUUGUACGUGAAUUGUUCAUAGAAUAAUUUUAUUUUUAACGUAGAGCAACCUACUUUACAAGAUUUUUUCCGCUCCAACUUUCCAAGUCAGACUUUGGCUCAAACGGCAGAAUAGCGCUUUGAAUGAGAAAAAGAAAUGGAAAGUAAAGAAAAUAAUGGAUGGUUCUCAGCGUAAGCCGUGGGCUUCUACUAUAUAUUCCGGAACUACCACGUGUUGAAAGCCCUGAGUCAGAAAAAUAGUACCGGUAUAGGAAGCGAUUGAAAAGCACGCCCCUCCUGGCAAAGCUAUGACAUAAAUAGUCUUUAUAUUUUUCACUAUUGAUAGUAUGUGGUUAACAUUCAUUUUUUAAACCAUGCCCCCAUUGUCCAGUGAAUGUAGUCAUCAUUACCGUAUUUACUUGAUGAACGCUGCAUAUUUACCCGAUUAAACGUCGCAUAUGAGAGCAAAAUUAUUAAACAGCGCCGUUCACGAAUAAUCGCCGUACUUAUUCACAACAACGCGGCGAUUGAUCGAAGCACUUUCUGAAAAAUUGUUCGUGGCGCCCAACCGCGGAAGGAUAACGUCCUGGGUACGAGGUUGCAAUCUUUAACAAUCCUCGGAACUCUUCUUUUUUCAGUGUUUUUAUGUUAUAUUUUGUUGCUAAUAUUUCUUGUUAUCGUUUACAAAUACUACAACAUCACCACUUACAGAACUUACACGAAUUCUGAUGUAACGUAGAACAACGAAAACUAAAUUCCUGUAAUUUUUUUCCAAAAUUUUGUUAUUACAUAAUAAAGAAAAUAGAUAGCUUCAUUUGAUUGCAACUUUUUAUAAUAAAUGGCUUCAUUUGACCGCAACUUUUUAUAUUCUAGUUGUUUCAAGUGAGGGUGAUUUCCAUCCAAUUCUUGGGAAAUCCAUUUACAUUCCUGAAGAAGAUCUACUGGGUUCCAUUCCAAAUGGAAUCUCGUUCUUCAAAGAUGUCGAAGAUCGUUGUCAACGUAAACUCAAUAUAGCGACGACAGUAAAAGAUCAGACGUCUUAUAAGAACACCGCAGAAUUCUACAAAAGCGUCUCAACUGAGACUAACCUUAAAGCUGGCUACGAAGGUGCGUUCUCUCUGGGACUUACUCUGGACAUCACAACUAAGUCGAUUAGUGGUAAUAAACGUGAAGUCAGUGGUACAUCUCUAAACCUUGCAACUAAAUCCUUCGUCCAACAGUUCCUACCAAAUUGUAUGUAUGAAACAUCCCUUCAUUCUCGAGUGGUGGCUGACUUCGCAGAAUUACCUACAGUGAUAAAAAAUCCUUGGCACAAAUCAUCAUGGCGUGAAUACCAUCAUUUCCUCGAGUCUCAUGGCUCUCACGUGAUCACUGCUGUCACAUUCGGAUCAAGUAUUGACCAGUAUGCUUUCGCCGAGACUAAAUCCUCCUACACAUCUUGGCAAUUUACUGUGAAAGCUUGUGCUUCCCUCGGUGCAGGUCUUGGCCCUGGUAAACUAUCUUUGUCUGCGUGCUCUGGUGUCAGUAAAGAAGAAAUCAACAAACUGUCCAAAGCUAAAAUGUCGACGUCUAUAACAGUACGCGGUGGCUCAAUCGAUUUACGCAAUAGACUUGUAUAUGAACGUUCCAGUGAUCUCAUUAUCAAAUUCUUGUCUGAAGGAAACACCCACCCCACCCCCAUAUCUUACACCCUCACACCAAUCUGGGAAAUCCUGCGCCGCCACAGUGGGGUGAUUUCGGAGAACAAGAAUGCUCGCGUUCAAGCACUUAACCUUGAGUAUUACUUUGAUGGUUACUUAAACUUUGGUUGUCCAUAUCAACCAAGCGUUCGCCCUGGUACACCACCAUUGCAGAAAUUUGACUACGCGUCGCACUCAACCUCCACUAACCCUGUCUUCCAAUGUACUCUCGCACCUCAAGGCUGCCACCAUAAUGACGAUUGUCGCUAUCAAAUUGGAGUAAAAUGUCAAUGCAAAGGUUCUUCCUGUAUCCGUUAUGGGCAAGUCAAGUUACCCAAUGGCAAGAGUCGAGCAACAGCAGCGCCACACUACGCCAAAAAGUGGUCGUGGAUGGGAUGCGACUGGAGACUGUGGGGAUCAAAAUGUGAUUGUCGUCAUCCCAAUCCAACACGUCGCAUCAUUUUCUGAUCGUCAUAUAACUAUGAACUGGUCGUUAUUGUUAAACUCUCUUAAUUUUGAGUGGAUUGACAUUUAAUUUUAUUAUUUUUGUUUACAACAUAUACAGCAUGUCGUGGUGUAUUUGUUUCUGUUACUUAUUAUUGCAAUGAAUAAACGACCGUAGAAAGAAGAUGAUUGUCUACAAUUUCAUUUUAUUACAGGUUGAAUUCAUAGAAAUAAUUAAUAAUAUACAGUAGGCAGAAAAAUCAUGGCUUCACCUUUUUUAGCAAAAUUUAGCAAAAGUGUGGAGCAUGGGCGUGUUGACGAGAGUUGGUGAGAGUUGCGACUGUCGCUUGCGUUUCACCGCUAAUUCUCAUUAACUUCGAAAUGGUUCAAAUUUUAAUGAGUUGAUGAGAGUUUUCGCUACGCCGGGCGCUAAUAUCCCGUCGACUCUCAUCAACUCUUGUUCUCAUUUAACAGAGGCACUAGAGUUGAUAAAACUCUCAUGAAAACUCUCGCUUGCCAACUCUCACCAAGGGCUUGAUAUGUUACCUAAAGCAAAACCUAUAAAAUACUGUAUACCCUCUACCAAAUCACUGUUUUGAAAAGCACGCAAAUUUUGUGCCACAAAGUGACCAUGCACAUUAGGAUAGCCGCCAACACCCAAAAACAUGUAUUCUACCUCAGCAUGGUCUAACCAUGUUAACAACUUAUUCAGCAACCAGUUCUGUACAGAAUCAUAACGCGUUAACAUAUAGCCCACAUCCAAGAACAUGACAUUGUACUAUGUCCGCACGAUCUAUACCAUGUUUAGCUCAGCACUAAGAUAGUGAGAUCUGUAUAACAUCAGAUAACCGUAGUUAAAGGUGACAUGACACGAACUUUUUUAUUGCCCCAUCUGAAAGAAUCGUCAAAACUGGAAAGCAACUUCUUUUGUACAUUUUUGUUUACGUGCUUCCUUGGUGAGAUAAUUCAGUUUUCUUGAUAUGCAGUGCAAACAAAUUUACGUCACACUUUGCAUAAUGAGUUAUCGUUAAAUGUCAGGUUAUCACUUUUAUAAGUGAUUAAAUUGUUUGAAAAUUCACAUGCGUUAUGCUGAGAAUAAUGUAAAGCAUACGUAUAUGCAGAAGUAAAAAAAUAAGUAGGACGCACUGGGCGCAUUGCGGCUCAAUGGGUUAACUAGAGACGAUGUUGGAUAAAAACACAUAAAUUAUCAAAUAUUUGGUAGCUCAUUAUGCAAACUGUGACGUAAAUUUGUUUGCAAUCGGCAUGUGAACAAAACUGAAUUAUCUCACCAAGGAAGAAUGUAAACGAAAAUCUGUAAAAGAAGGUACUUUACAGUAUUGACUAUUCUUUCAGAUGGGACAAUAAAAAAAUUCGUGUCAUGUCACCUUUAAGAACAAGAACUAUAUCUUUGCAUGAUCUAACCAUAUUUCCAACUGUCCUUACAAUAUCUCAGUUACAAUGAAGACUUUGGAAGUUGGUUUUCAAACCUGUCUAGUCUAAACGAUCGUAGAUCGUAAGAACAAACCAAGUCAAAGGCAAGUUCACACAGAAUCUUUCCGUAAACAGGAGCAAGUUUAAAUCCAUAUCCUAAAA